AUGGCGGAAAGGGGAAAUAAUUGGUGCGGAGCUUUCGGUCGGGUUUAUAUGGGGAUGAAUUUAGAUUCAGGGGAGCUGCUGGCGGUUAAACAGGUUUCUGUUGUUGUAAAUGCGGCUUCGAAAGACAAAACACAGGUAAGACUUUCUUGCAUAGAUGGGAUAUACAAUUUCUCUCAUAGAACACUUUCUUGCAUAGAUGAAAUAUACCGCGGAGAUAUAGUUGAAAACGCGUAUGACGCGGGUGCGAUGGGGGUGUUAAUAUACUCCGAUCGGAAGGAUUACGGUGGGGGCGGGGGCGGUACGAAGUGGUUUCCGGAUGACACGUGGUUGCCGCCGAGUGGUGUUCAGGUCGGGUCGGUUCUUAACGGGGCAGGUGACCCGACAACACCGUGCUGGCCGAGUAGUAUGGAAGGGUGUGAGAGGUUGUCUGAGGAUGAGGUGGAACGGGCCGGUGACGUCCCGUUGAUUCCGUCGUUGCCGAUCUCCGGUGCCGACGGUGAGGAGAUUCUGAGGUGGAUUGGUGGGGUGGUGGCUGAGGAUGAGUGGCAGGGGGAUGAAGAUGCUCCGGUUUAUAGGAUCGGGCGGGUCCUGGGGUUGCAGAACUCAGUUAUAAGAUUCGUUAUCUUAGGUAAUCACCGGGAUGCUUGGACAUUUGGAGCUGUUGAUCCCAACAGCGGCACUGCUGCCCUGCUUGAGGUAAACCCGUUUCACUCGCUUUAUUUUUACUAG